AAUGGUGGCAAAUACGAUUGUAAACCGGCCGGAUGUAGAACUGAUUUGAAUCCACGAUGCCCUUCGGAAUUAGCUGUUAAAUCGGGCUCAAGGACCAUAGCUUGCAAAAGUGCUUGUCUUCAAUUCAAUAAUGAUCAAUACUGUUGUCGUGGAGCUCAUAAUACAUCAGCAACUUGUAAGAGUCGAGACUGGCCCAAAAAUUAUCCAGCAAUUUUCAAAAGUGCCUGUCCAGAUGCCUAUAGGCAAUCCUGGACACCGAAGUUUAGAAAAUGGUGGAUUUCAAUUGAAUCGAGGAGCUUCUCAUCUAAUUAAUACCCCAAAUAAUUGGGCAGGAAGAAUUUGGGGUAGAACUAAAUGUAAUAAUCGUGGGCAUUGUGAGACUGGUGAUUGUGGAAAUAAAAUUCAAUGUAAUGGGGCAGGAGGUGUUCCACCUGUGACUCUAGCGGAAAUGACGUUCAGUGGAGCGGGAGGAAAAGAUUUUUACGAUAUUUCCCUCGUCGACGGGUAUAAUUUACCCAUGAGAAUGGUCCCAACUGGAGGAUUCCGAUCAUCUGGAGGUGGCAGAUACGAUUGUAAACCUGCCGGAUGUAAUUCUGAUUUGAAUGCCCGAUGUCCUUCUGAAUUGGCUGUUAAAUCAGGAUCAGCGACCGUAGCAUGCAAAAGUGCUUGUUUAAGAUUUAAUACCGAUCAGUACUGCUGCCGUGGACGUUUUAACACUGCUCAAACGUGCAAAAGUAGAAAUUGGCCUCGAAAUUAUCCAGCAAUUUUUAAAAGUGCUUGUCCCGAUGCUUACAGUUAUGCAUAUGAUGAUCAAACAAGCACCUUCACAUGUCGACCAAAUCCAGCUACUAAUUACGAUAUCAUAUUUUGCCCCUAAAAAACCUUAAAAAAAUCGUAAAAUUGAAUUUCGUUUUUCAAUUUUGUUUUUCUUAUAAUCUUUUACCAUUGUGUAUAAUUUAAAAGAAAAAAAUUGUCAACUAUGAUAUGAUUCUAAAUAAACAAUUUCAAUUUAUUGUAGUUAUUUGUAAGUCAAUAAAUUUUAAUUAUUUGAAAAUA